GAGAGGACUUUUUGCUUCAAGUCUGGUUUGGGAUCGUAUUCGCUGAGUGAGAUGGACAGGCUUUCAGCUGUGAGCUACUGUUUAGGACUCCUGGGUUUGUUGCUGCUGCAGGGAGUCAUCAACGUGGAAGGGAGGAGCAUAUUUAUCCCUGGAAACCAUGUUUUUAAUUCCAGAGAGGAACCAGACUCCCAAAGCAAGAUUCUAGCACUAUUACUGCACAAAAGCUUAGUUCCUGUUGAAAAGGACGACCCUCUGGGUAUUGAACUGGCCAAUAAAAUAGCCGAGCUGGAGGAGCUGCGAGCUUUGAGGGAGGAUCUGGAGCUGGAGAGGAAGAUCACGGCUAAUAUGGCAGAAGGAAAAUCCAUAACUAGGAAGCGAGGCGAGCCUUGUUUCUGGAAGUACUGCGUCUGACACACCAGGAGGAGCAUUACUGUGAAAUCUUGCUGCAAAAGCCCAACAUAGCCUUAAAACCUCACAACACCAGUAAUAUAAUCGCACCGUAUUUACUCCAGCAAUAGAGUUGUACCAUAAUCAGUGUAAUCAAUAAACGCUUCGUGUUCCCGUGAAAAGUUAUGUAAAUAAUCAGCUGCUCACUGGAAAUACUUGAGGGUCAGAUAUGACGAAAAAUGUACUUGACUGCAAAGAUUUAUUUUACCAGGAGUUUUAUUUAUUUAUUUAUGGGUUGCCUGCUGCUGUUUGUGUUUUUGUCGCCCUCUUGUGGCACAACUUGUUUUUGAUACCACAAACAUCUCACCUGCUUUUAGGAAACACACCGCUGGUAAUUUUACAAUGUAAAUAAAAUGAUAAUGAGAAUCUG